UGAAAACCCUAAUUUCUCACAUCUGUAAAUCAAUUUCUCCCUAAACUUAACCCACCCGUAGAAAAAAAAAAUCCAAAAUUUCUGUUGGUAAUUAUGAGUGUUUUAGGAGAAAUUCAUCCGAAAUUAAGGUUCCGCCAUGGAAGCUUCGAUCUUUCUCUUCACUAAGUUCACUUGUUCUCACUUUGAAAGACUUCGUCUUUCUUCUGAAUCUUACUUCCUCUGGAUCUCUUUUCUCUUUCUUUCUCUUGUCCGUACUUCAAAAAGUCAGAAGCUUGAACCUGUCGUGAUCAGCAAGAUUCGAGUGUAUUCUUAAGCUUCUCCUAAACUGUCGGAAUCUCUCCUUACAGAAUGGAGGAGAGAGAAGGAACCAACAACAGCAACAACAUCAUAAGCAGCAGCUUUGGUCUGAACCAACAUGUAGCUCCACCUCCUCCUCCUCCUACUGGUGGUGCCUACCACAUGGACCCACCACGGUCCGAAAACCCUAACCCUUUUCCUGUCGGCGGAUUACCCAACACCGCAUCUGCAUCUGCCUCCGCCGUGCCGGCUAAAGCUUCAGAGAAUGCCGCUCCUCCUUUCAGCUUAACAAUGCCGGUGGAGAAUUCGUCUUCUGAGCAAAAGAAGAAGAGAGGGAGACCGAGAAAGUAUAAUCCCGACGGUUCACUCGCUGUUACACUUUCUCCGAUGCCUAUCUCCUCCUCCGUUCCAUUGACGACGGAUUUUGCUUCCCGGAAACGAGGACGAGGGCGCGGUAGAGGAAGAGGACGAGGUCGAGGACGUAUAGAGCCGCCCAUCAGCAUCAACAACAACAGCUGGGUGAAGAAUCCUCAGAUGUUCGAAUUCGACAACAAUUCUCCUGUUGUGGGAACUGCUGGAGUUGUUAGCAGUGCAAGCUUUACCCCUCAUGUGCUCACAGUAAAUGCCGGCGAGGAUGUGACGAUGAAGAUUAUGACAUUCUCUCAACAAAGCUCUCGUUCUGUCUGCAUUCUUUCAGCGAACGGUCCCAUUUCCAAUGUUACACUUCGUCAGUCUAUGACAUCUGGUGGUACCCUCACUUAUGAGGGUCAUUUUGAGAUUCUUUCUCUGACGGGUUCGUUUAUACCAAGCGAGAGUGGAGGGACCCGAAGCAGAGCUGGAGGGAUGAGUGUGUCUCUUGCAGGACCUGAUGGUCGUGUCUUUGGUGGUGGACUCGCCGGUCUCUUUAUAGCCGCUGGUCCUGUUCAGGUAGUGGUAGGGCGUUUUGUAGCGGGUCAAGAAGAGUCACAGCAGCAGCAGCAGCAGCAGAUGAAGAAGCAAAGAGGAGAAAGAUUUGGGAUCCCUACUACAACACAAGCUUCUAACAUCUCAUUCGGUGGUGGCUCAGCGGAAGAUCCAAAGGCUAGAUAUGGGAUCAACAAGCCUGUUGUUAUUCAGGCACCACCAGUGUCCGCACCACCUGUAUCAUUUUCGCAUGAGCCUCAGCCAAGCACUAACGCUGUCCAAGGUUACUACACAAACAACACUGCCGAACAAAUCAGGGAUCUCUUCUCUUCUCUCCCCGGAGAAGAUGACGAAGAGAAUUUAGAGGGUGAAGAUGAAGAUGAUGAAGAAUUUGGAGACCAUAGCGAAUCUGACACCGAGGUUCCAAAUUGAGUGAGUGAAUGAGACAUGGAUCGUUCUUGAUCUUGACCUCCUUCGUUUUUCUUCUUUGGUGCCUGAAGGUUCUUUAGAGUGAUGGUUUUUUUCUCCAGUUUUAGUUGUUUUACUAAAAAGAGAUGCUCACUAAAGAGUUAGGGUUGUUGAAGGAUGUAAUCCUUAGGGUUCUGACUUGUUUUCGUUGUGUCCCGAAGUGGUUGUUGUAGAAGUGCAAAACUUUAAUGUGUGUGCAAACUCUCUCAUUUAAUUUACUCUUCAGUGACUUAUUUUGAAACUCAAACGGCGUUUUUGUUCGUCUUCGG